AUGUUGAGUUUACAGAAUACAUAAGCGUUAUUUCUAUUUUAGGUUGAAGAUAUUUUUCAGGAAUUUCAUGAUGAUUUUCAUGCAGAUGACGAGACAAAUAUUCAAUUCGAUAAGAGACGUAGGCGAUUCGUGAAAGAAUAUGAUGAUGAUUUAUUUGAUAUUGAGCAAUGUCUAGAGGUAGAUCAGAUUUUACUUGGUUUAACAGUUGGUAAACAAGAAAAACAACAAUAUUUAUCUGGAAAGUUAAGCCGCCUAUCGGCUACACAUCAAGAAUCCGAAAGUACUACUCGAGCAGCCAAUGUACUAUCGCGAAUAAAAACAGAUAACGUCGUCAUCUCCAGUCAAUUGAUACCAAAAUAUUUAUCACAUGAAAGUAAAGAAUUCGAUCGGAUGAUCCUCGGUCUCCGUCAACAAACUGGCACUAUUAUUUAUACGGAAGAAUUACGAGCUAUUGCAUUUCUCAUUGAUCAACUUCAACGUUUUAAAUUAGAAAAACAUCUUUAUACGACAUAUUUACGUUCUGGUCAGGGUACAUUAGUACAAAAUAAAGAACCGUCGCUACUAUUGUGGUCUAACGAGCUGAAAUUAAAAAUAAUUGCAGAAAAUCAAACGAAAGCCACGCAUCCGAACGAAAUCUAUCAGGAUGAGUGUGUAAAAUACGUAGAGAAAAUUCUAGAGAAAUAUAGAAUUAAAAUGUCCGACUACCAAAAUCAAUUGGAAGAGAAAAAGCGACAUUUACGCAAUCGCUGGACAAGUAGAAUUGAAGAAACUAUUACGAAAUUUGUUCAAGAUUAUAAGAUUAUUCUAUAUCAAAUACCUAUUGAAAAAAAGAAAUCAUCCGUAUUGAAUAUGAUUUCUUUGAUCGAUUAUGUGAACUUGAAUUUUAUAGUGAAAAUUCAAAUGUGUAUCAAGUAA